AUGACCCGCCGCAUCGUCUACGGCGUCUCCCUCUGGAUCUUCCUCGGCGCCGCCGCCUGCACCAUCGCCGCCAUCGCCCUCCCCAACUGGGUCUCCUACACCGCGCCCACCACCCACCACCCCAUCCGCCUCACCUACGGCCUCCACAAGCGCUGCUCGAGCAUAACCGGAGAAUGCACGAAGUUCCCGGACGACUGCGUGGGCGACCAGAGGGAUUUCUGUAGUGUAUGGAGGAGUACGGGGUUUUUUAUGAACUUCAGCGUGGUGCUGGAGUUGGCGGUGUUGGUUGCGUAUAUUACGAUACUUGUUGGGGGGAGGGCGACGAGGGAGAGUGGGUGGAAGGUUUUGGCGGGGUUGUUGGGGGUUGUGGCUGUUGGAGAGUGUAUUGCUAUGUCGCUUGUGGCACACCUUUACGAGAACGAUAGCCGCUUCUUUGUUGGCUGGGAAUUGGACAAGUCCUUCGUCCUCUGCAGUGUGAGCUGGUCUGUGCUGGCUAUCAAUGCAUUGGGUGUUGUAUUGGCUGCGUUCAUAUUACCUCCCGAGGACGACUACGAACCCAUUCCCGAACCGAGAUCGUAG